AUGGACGCCGGCGGCUCCGUCGGUGCGUUGCUGGGCCAAGAAGAAGAGGGGGAAGCCAUGAACACCAUGGCCGACGCGAUGGUGCAGGUGGCGGCGAGGGAGUACCGGAGGGGGAACUGGACGCUGCCGGAGACGAUGCUCCUGAUCGAGGCCAAGAAGAGGGUGCACGACGGGAGGCGGCCGGCGGCGGACCAGGGGCUGGCGCGGUGGCGGUGGGUGGAGGACUACUGCUGGCGCCGCGGGUGCCAGCGCAGCCAGAACCAGUGCAACGACCGGUGGGAUAACCUCAUGCGGGACUACAAGAAGGUCCGCGCCUACGAGCUCAGCGGCGCCGGCGCCGGCGGCGGCACGGAGAGCUACUGGGUGAUGGGCAGGGGGGAGCGGAAGGAGAGGGGUCUCCCGGCCAACCUCCUGCGCGAGAUAUAUGAGGCCAUGGACGAGGUCGUGGAGAGGCGGAUGAGCUCCGGGGGCGGAGGCGCCGUGUUUUUGACGGCAUCGUCGUCUGGCUCCGGCCUCGCCGACGUCCCCAUGGCCAUGCAGGCCUCUCCUCUCGCUCAACUCCUGCCCCGACCUCUUGAGACGACGAACUGCAGCUCGGGGUCGCCGGAGAGGAAGCGGCGGCGGCCGUCACUGGACAAACAACCACCAGGGGGGAGCGCCAGCACGCCACCAGCGCCAGGAAGGCAGAGCCACCAAGAACACCCCGACAGCGACUACGAUCAUGGCGCCGACGAGAGCUCCGACGACAUCGGGGACGAAGACGACGGCCUGGGCGGGGCGAUCGGGCGGUGCGCGGCGAUCCUGUCGGUGGCGCUGGAGAACCGCGAGGCCUCGGAGGACCGCAGGCACAGGGAGGCGAUGGCCGCGGAGGAGCGCCUCGGCCGGGCGCGCCAGGCCCGGCGCGAGGCCGGCGACCAGUGCAUGGCCGGGCUCGCCGCCGCCGUGAGCCAGCUCGCCGGCUCGAUGCUCGCGCUCGCCGCCAAGUGCAGGGGCCCCGCCGCGCCCAAGUGA